AUGCCGUACAAGCGGCCGUCAAUGCUCUCUAAUAAACCAGUCUCAGCCCGCGUCGAAGAAACUCCGCCUCCUGGCCGAAAGCAACCCCGUCUCGACCCCUUCGCCGUAGUGACGACUGCUUUACCUCAUGAGGAACAUAGCCUCGAUCUUUCAUCUGACCCCAGAGAUCCGGAUGGCUCUAAACAAGCCGCAGCCCACACGCAGUCAAUGCAGUCAAUCUCAGAGUCCUCGGAGAUAGACCCAGUCGCCAACGACCAACACCAAACAGGCUUGCCCGACAAUGGCAUUUCUCUCCAACUACCUUCUAUAUACUCUGAUGCUCCGGUUGACCUCGUGAAGAACCAGAACGCCGCAUAUACUUCUCCUGGUCUUGAAGAUAGGCGGUCUGACGAGAGUCCGCGGUCUGUCGCGGCAAUCUCAGGCACUGUGAUAACCAAUGUCGGUCAUGCAUAUUUUGGCACAAGGAAAAGCAUACCAGUAUUGGAGAGGGACGUGACGCAGCUCAUAGACCUCGCUAUCCACGUCAAGAGCUGUUCUGGUGCCGCCAUCGAUCUCCUUGACUGGGUCCUCAAUAUCGAGCUCAAGGACCGCGAAAGUUUCAAAUUUGCCUCAGAUAGCUCAUGGAUCAUGAUGGCGUUAUGCGUCCUCUUCUCGUUGCAAAGUUUGCAAAUCCUGAGAUCAUUAGUUUGUUCUCCACCAGACGCAGGAGAAAGCAUCGACAAGAUAGAGGAGGCGGGAGAAAUCAUCAUGGCCGUAACAUUGCAGCCGCAGAUUGGGCCAUAA